UCGCACAUGAAAUACGACUGGCACUGCGACGAAACAAUGUGGAGUUCUGUUUACUGUUUAGGGUAGCUGCUGUUAUGGCUGUUAUCUAUCUUUUCACCGAUUAUUUACCAUAAUUUAACGGCAACAUACAUUUCCGUCAGAACAAGACAUUCGACCGAAAUGUAGCUUAACGUUUAUAUUUUCUCUAUUCUGGCUCAACACUGCAAAUUUGAAGCAGUAUCAACGUCAAUUCGCUAUGGGACGGAAAUCUCUACUCAAAUCACAAGUGCCAGUCCCCGCGCUCUCUUUGCGACUUUUGGUACCCCCCAUUCGGUUGAUGGCUGCUCAGAUGUGGCAAAUUGUUCAGCGAUGCCGAGUCGUUCAUUACGGAUAUCUGGACGAGUUUGUAACGCUUGUUGUCGAUAUAUUCCCCGACAUACUCAGUCAUAAGGAAAUAAUUCUGCUCAGUCUGGGAUUGCGAGGAAGGCUGCUACUUAAACUGUGUCAGGAAGACCGUGAAUCUGCUCCAAAGACCAUACAGCCACACAUUGACAGAAUGCGCCAAUUUGUUGAAGACCUGCAAGACAGCAGCAAAGACACAAGUACGCAGACUGCGGUUGGGAACUUCUUGGACCUUGUCCAGAACUUGUUGAAGGACACUAACGAUUGGAAUCAUUUCUUCCAGGAGGUGUUUCCAUCCGUGUAUGGAAAGAAGUUUGAAUCGGCACUACAGUCACUGAUGGGCGAGUUCCUUUCAAGACUUGAGCAAAUGCUGCCGGUACCAGACUUCAAAGAGGCUGCGUCAUUACUCAGUGAUAGUACUUCAGACUUGGAGCUAUGUUUCCAGACACUAACUGACCCGGAACAACUUAAAACUGUGCUUCUCCAUAAGCCAACUACUACCAAGUUCGACAGAGAGACACCGUUUGGAGACACCAUUUUGUCUGCCCUAUCCUAUCAGCCAUCUGUAGCUGGAGAUCAACCGCCCCUCAUCCCCGACAUUAUGCCUGAAGCUGGAGAUCAACAGCCCCUCAUCCCCGACAUUAUGCCUGAAGCUGGAGAUCAACCGCCCCUCAUCCCUGACAUUGAGUCUUGGACAAGCCUUGUAAAUGAACAAGAAAGCUCCAUAUGUUUAGAGGAAAAUGGAGGUGUAGAUGAGUUUACUGAGGAGUUUGAGGAGGACAUGGCGGAAGUGGAAUCAGAAAAUUCUCAAAAAGAAGACCGGGAUCAAUGCAAAAAAACCUCUAUAAAACCAUUUGAGGGUCCCAAGGCUGUGAAGAAACCACAUGAGGAAGACGUAGUGGAAGAGGGAUCAGAAAAUUCUCAAAAAGAAAACUUGGAUCAAUGCAAAAGAACCUCUGCAAAACCAUGUAAGGGUCACAGGGUUGUGAAGAAACCAUGUCACAAGGCUGCCAAGGAACUAUGUGAAGAAGAUGUGGCAGAAGAGGAAUCAGAAAAUUCUCGAAAAGAAAACGUGGAUCAAUGCAAAAGAUCCUCUGCAAAACCAUCUAAGGGUCACAGGGUUGUGAAGAAACCACGUCACAAGGCUGCCAAGGAACUAUGUGAAGAAGAUGUGGCAGAAGAGGAAUCAGAAAAUUCUCAAAAAGAAAACAGGCAUCAAUGCAAAAGAACCUCUGCAAAACCAUCUAAGGGUCACAGGGUUGUGAAAAAACCACGUCAUAAGGCUGCCAAGAAACUACAUGUAUGUGAUGAGGAUGUGACGGAAGAGGAAUCAGAAAAUUCCCAUAAAGAAAACGGGGAUCAAUGCAAAACAACCUCUGCAAAACCAUCUAAGUGUCACAAGGCUGCAAAGAAACCACAUCAUAAGUGCCUUUCAUGUGACAAGACCUGUAGAUCGGCAAAAGGCCUCAAAAUACAUGCGAGACUUCAUUUACAUGAUGUUGCAUUGAGUUGCACAAGCUGUAAAAGGAGAUUUAGUACGGACACCGCUUUGAGGAAACACAUGAAAGUCCAUGCCAAUUCUUCGGACUCUGGCAAAAGCAGUAAAAAAUCUAAAGCAAAAGGACCUUUUCCUUGUAGUUUGUGUGGUAAAUCUCAUGCCAAACCCAAUCCAUCCCCCUGCGAUCAAUGCGGGAAAAGGUAUUGUACCUACGUGGGUCUCUACAGACACCGCAAACUCCACACAGGUGAGCGACCAUACAUCUGUGACUUGUGUGAAAAGGGGUUUUCUGGUUCAGACAUACUGAAAGCACACAUGCUAACACAUACUGGGGAGCGUGCUUACAUGUGUAAUGUGUGUGGGAAGGCGUUUACACAAGGAUGCGCUCUGAAAAGGCAUCUAAGAAUACACACAGGCGAGAAACCCUUUGCCUGUAAGGUGUGUUCAAAAACUUUCCGGAGCAAACCAGAGCUCGAGCUGCACACUCGAACGCACACCAGAGAAAGGCCAUACCAAUGUUCGCAGUGUGGGAAGCGUUUUGUGGCAUCGACUCACCUGAGAAACCACAUGCGGACUCACACGGGGGCUCGUCCUCACGCAUGUAUCCACUGCGACAAGCGAUUUGGGUCUCCUGACCAGCUGAGAAAGCAUCUGCUUGUGCACACAGGUGAGAAACCACACAAAUGUCCAGAAUGCGGGAAGGGAUUUUCACAGCAAGGCAACAUGAAGAUCCACCUACGAACUCACACAACCUGUAAGAAGACUUAGUAGCUGUACUUUAAAAAAAAAUAGGUUUUGUAUAUUCAUCGGAAUAAAAGUUUUGUUCCUAUUUUUA